AUGCGUAAUGCCGGAGAAAUACUGAUUUAUCCUACUAUUUCAAUGAUGAAACAGCAUUCUUCCAACAGUGCGCAUUUCAAGUUUUAGCGCACAGAAGAGGCUUGGAGAGUGCGCUCCUUGCCUGCUCCGAGACUUUAGAUGCGUGCCGUCGGAAGACUACUGAUUCAGUUCUCUUGAUUUUUUGAGAAUGAAUUCAUUGUGAUCUAAACUAACAAGAAGACACAAAAAUCACGCACUAGGAGUCAUAUUUCGAAAAAAAGGCUGUUUUGACAGUGACCCCUCGGCAUUUUCAGCGAGUUUCAAUCACAAUCAACUCAUUUCCAAAAAAUUAGGAAAAACGAAUCAGUAUUCUGCGAACAGAACGCAUCAGAAGUUUUUGGCGCACGGAAAAAGGCUUGGGGAGCGUGCAGCCGGCUGGCGAAAUAAGCAGCCGACAGUUCACGGGACGGGAGCCGAACUCUCUUUAUAUCCACUGCGCCCCCCAUUUUUCUCUGGCUUUUCAAUCCAAUUUUCGCCAUACCCAACCAGAAAUCUCUAACCGAAGAGACGCAGACACAUCGGCGUUUAGGAGCGUCUCGUGCGUCGCCGAGUGUAUGCGGAGUGUACAAACACGCUCCAGCCCGAGCCGUCCAUUGAAAUUCCGCUUUUUCAGCGAUUUUAUCGACUUACAGACAGAAUUUCACGGAUUUCAAGGUAGAAAUGAAAAAUUUGGCCGUUUUUGAGUGUGUUGGUGUUAAAUUCAUCGCCAAUUUUCGGUGUUUUCAAUGGGAAAAUCUGUCUUGAAAAAAUAUCGAUUUUUUGUGAUUUUUCCAGGUUUUCCGGUGAAGAUUCUUUGUUUUCACGCUGUUCCCGUGUUUUUACCCUAUAAAUACGUUCGGAAGUCGUACAAUCGUUGUAGUUUUACUCGUUUUUCGCUUGUUGCUCCAGAUUUUCUAACAUUUUCCUUGCAGAAUGUCUCUCUCACUCUUGACGCCUCGUCUGGUCACCAAAAAUGCGGUCUGCCGCAUUCUUGUCGUCAGAAACUCUUCUUCCCGCCUGACCCUCAAUGUAAGACACGUUUUUUGCAGAAAUUAUUUGAAAAAAUUGAAAUUUCUGCAGCACGAGCAAUCGAUCAAGAUCAACGCGCCAGGAUUCUUCAAGUACCAGCGUGAUGUGUCUCGCGACAAGCGCUACGUCAACCCAGCCAAGCCAGGAGACACUCCGGCCAGGUAAAAUCUAAAAAUUCCGGAAAAAAUUAAACAAAAUCGUUUUUGUCGCCUGUCUUCUAUAAACAUUGGAAUUUCAGAUUCAUGUUCCGCAAGAUCGGACACGCCUACGAGAUCUACCCGCUUUUCAUUCUUCUCGGAGUUUGGGCCGUCUUGUUCGGAUAUACCGUGUGGUAUUCGUUCGAGAAGGGAGAGGUGUGGCUCGAUAGAAGUAAGUUUCUUCCCUGAAUUCCUAGAAAAAUCUGAAAAUUGCAGGCCACACGGUCGCUCCAUGGGACUGGGAGAGAAUCCGCAACAACUACUGGAAGAAGCCGACUCUCGUGUUCGACCCGACCGGAAGAACCCACCAGAGACUUGAGAUCCUCGAGACCCUCCAGGACGAGAUGGUCGCCGCCGCCAAGGAGAGAGGAACCCGAUAA